AUGGACGCUGAAUGGAGGGGAAACGAAACCCCCGCCUCCAACACUUUCUCUCUCAAACAACUGCCGACAUCUCUGUUUCCCCAGCCUGCCAUCGUCAAGACCAACAACCUUGAUCUCAAGGCCAUCUACUCGCGUUCCCUCAAGUCAGCCCAGGAAACGGCCGCCCUAGACACUCGCGGGACCGUUGCAGGGUCAGGGUCAGGCCCAGAACUUUACUCGGCCGAUUCGGGUUCCGGAAAGUCUCUCAACGACCUGUUGGCCCGAGACGAUAUUGACGCAGUCAUCAUCGCCCUGCCUAUCCCGAGCCAGCCCGAGUACAUCCAGGCUGCACUCGCUGCUGGCAAACAUGUUCUUGCCGAGAAGCCCAUCGCUCCCUCUGUCGCCGACGCUAACAAGCUGAUCGAGUACUACCGCAGCCUGCAAGGCAAAGGUACCUUUUCCAUCGCAGAGAACUUUAGAUACAAGCCCUGCUUCGAGUACGCUGCCAACGAGGCUGCCAAGCUUGGAGCGCUGCAGCACUUUAGCGUGCGCGUUUUAUUCUUUAUGAGCGAGGACUCCCAGUGGUACGGUACUUCGUGGCGCGCAAAGCCACAGUUUCAGGGUGGUUUCCUGCUCGAUGGUGGCGUGCACUUUGUGGCGGCGAUGAGGCAGCUGUUCGACGAACCUGCAGCCGACGUGUCAGCUUUCACCUCGCAGGUGCAGCCGCAUCUUGCACCCGUCGACACGGUUAAUGCGGUAAUCCGGCUCAAGAGCGGUGUGAGUGGCACAUAUCAGCAGUCGUGCGGCACAAAAAUGAGCACGUCUGCAUUCCAAUUUGGUUAUGAAAAGGGCUCUGUUGUCGUUGACGGAGACAAGGUCACUGUAACACCGUGGGAAGGUGAGCAGGUUGUCAAGGACUUUGAGAGGACGAGCGGUGUAGACGAGGAAAUUGAGGCCUGGGCGAAUGCGUUGGUCGAUGGAAAGCCAGAUAAGAGGCAGAGCGUGGAGGAGGCACUGGCUGAUCUUGAACUAUUGGAGAUGAUGUUUGAGAGCGGAUCUGAUGGUGGUGCAGCCAAGAAGUAUCAGCAUCAGUUUUAGGCAAGAUGCACGUAUGACGAUCAGGAAAGAAUGUGAUGGAAUAUGAUACUUGUGUUAGAUUGUUGUGAGACACACAGAAUAUAGUAGAAAUAGGAUGAACACAACACAAGUCAUAUAUGAAUUAAUUGU